AAGGCAAGGUACGAUAACGCUAUGUCCAACGAAGACAACCAAAGCGGUGACAUAACCAAUGUUGGUGGUCUUUGCGGAGAGGGUAGCAAAGGUGAAGUGGACACAAGAAAACGAAAGGCGGAUAGUCUCAGUUGUUCUGAUUUGCCAGCAUCAGAGUACUUGAAAGAGUUUCAGGAAACGGAAGAAAAUCCCUUGCCGCCCGCGGAGAAACAACUGGCUCCCUACAAUGAAGUUCCAUCGAAAGACACUUCCUCUGUCCCGGAGAAAGACAAUGUUGGUCCUGGACCUGACGAUGAGGUUAUAGUUAUUUCUGAUGACGAUGAUGAUGAAUACAAGCGCCGAACAUCGAAAGUAUGCAUAGUUAAUGGAAGGAAACUGAAAUUUAUACCAUUGAGGAAGAAGCAAAAAUAAGGACAAGACUGCUGAAGAUGCAGAUCUCGACAACAACGAGCUGAUGGACAUCAGAGAGCUGUUUUUUAAAUACAAUAAACUGAGGUUGUGAUU